GGGGGGGGGAGCCGGACCAAUCCUUUGGAAGUUUAUGUGCAAGCCCUGUGCUGGAGGAGCAGCAUUGGGAGAAGGAUUUGGUCUAGAGCGAUCAGAAGAUGAUAACACUGACCUGCUUUGAUCUUGCAACGCUGUGCUGCUGGCAGUAAAGAAAAAUAAAACUGUUCGGAUUCCGUUCGUUCAGCACCUGGGACAUCCCACAGCAAAGUUUGGAUUCCCAUUCUUGGUUUGUGUUCAUUUGUGGAUCUUUAAAAGGAGAAACGAGUUGGGGUUUGUGUUCUUGUUGAGACAAGCGGAACUUUUUGUUUUGAACAUGAGGGGGCCCGGGUUUUUACCUCUGGUCUUGCUGGCUUUGCUGUGGUUGCUGUGUGAGUGCAGGGCGCCGUCGGGAAUGCAAAGGCUCGGGGCCAGAAGACGCGUGAGGUUGGUCAGGCUGGCGAACGGGACACUGAGCAGAUCCUCCCGCCCGCAGGCGACGGCACAGCGGGACGACAGCAGCUCUCCCCGGGGCCGGUACCGGAGCCGCCUGCCGAGCCGCCGCCCCCCCGCCCAAGCCGCGCGGAGCCGCCAGGUGCGCGUGCCCGCCGCCGGCACCCCGAGCCUGCUGGCCGCAAUGGCGGGGAAGCAGCGCCUCUGGAUCAUCUCCGCUCCCCACGCUGCUGACGGCUACUACCGCCUGAUGCUCAGCCUCCUGAAGGACGAUGUCUACUGCGAGCUGGCCGAGAGGCACAUCUACCAACUGGUGCUGUUCUACCAGGACGGGGAGAUGGGCGGCAAAGUCAGGAAGAUCACUAACCAGGGCACCGUCCUCGAGGAGCCCCUGGACGCCAGGACUGUCCUCAAGUUGCUGGACUUCCUGAAACUCGAGCGAGGCAAAUUCACCAUGGUCCUGCUGAGGAAAAACCUCCAACUGGAGGAGACAUACCCUUACCCGGUCAGACUGGAGGCCAUGUAUGAAGUGAUCGACCAGGGCCCAAUUCGGAAAAUCGAGAGACUGAGGCAGAAAGGGUUUGUGCAGAAAUGUAAACAGGCGGGUGUGGAAGGGAAGGUAAUUGGACCCACUGAGGGCCAGAAGAGGAAUGAAGAGAAACUCAUGCCCAAGCCAACGAAUGAGAAUGUUGAGGUGCCCAGUCCAAAGGACACAACAGAAGAAAAGGUGUUGGAGAAAACGAAGAAGAUUAUCAGUAGGAAGCCUAUUAGGAUAUCACUGAACACACAAGGAGGUUCUAAAUUAGUCAGGGCAACUGUGGCACCAACUAGAACAACCACUCACACUAUAAAACCAACUACCUUACCCCCCACCACAACUACUGUCAUUGAUUUCAGCACAACAGUGCCAUCUACCACUACUUCUGAUAGACAAGGUGGCACCUCACACUUUACAAGACCUUAUGUAAUAUUAUCACCAUCUUCACCAAAAUUCCACAAACAGGCAGUCAAUGUUGAAACGCCAACAAGAUUGACAAUUGGCACUAACUCCCCAGCAGCUCGAGGUGGCACACAUCAAGAUAGACAUCGGACUGUGACCAGCAUUGAUGUCAGUAAAUCUCAUCCCAAAAAAUCCUCAAAAACUCUCCAAUACUAUCCUCCAGUGCCAACUUUUCAGACCACAACAGUCAGCCCAGACUAUGCAAAAGAACAGACAAUUCGGCACAAGUACAACCGUACAGAUAAAAAAACAGGGAAUUAUCACAAGAAGGGGCCACGGGUGACCCCAAUCCUUCGCAAGCCUACCAAAACUAAGCCACCAAAGCCCAAAAAUACAAAUAAUAAAAUCCUGAUCAGUGAGAAUGAGGAUAAAUAUGAUUCUGAUAAAACCUCAUCUACAGACACAGGGCAGGAGGUUGAGGGGUCACGUAUACCUCUGAAAAAAGGCAAGCAACAGAAGAAGCAUGGCAAGCCAGUCAAGAGUGAAAAGAAGAAGAAGCCUGUGAAAAAAGACAAAGCAGAGAAAAAAGUAAAACCUGCGCUGAAAACUAAACCUCUAAAGGAAUCCAAACAUAAAAAUCCCAAGAAGACAAACAAGAAAGGGAUCUUCAAACUGCCUAAGAAGUUUCCAGGAAUGCCAAAGACUUUGGCGUCCAUUCUCAGCUACUUUGAAAAUAGACGACGUCUAAUACUUAUUACCUCUCCAAAUGACAGAAACAACAUGUAUGAACAGCAACGAGAUGAGUAUUUAGAGCACGUCUGUGAAAUGGCAUUAAGAAAAAUUUCAAUUAUCACCAUUUUUGGACCUUUGAAUAACAGCACGAUUAAAAUUGAUCAUUACCAGCUGGACAAUGAGAAGCCAGUGAAAGAUAUAAAACACGGUGACUUGGAUCAAAGCCUCAUCACUGAACUUCGCAAAGAAUAUGGGAUAACAGAAAAUGAGUUCUUCAUGGUGCUAACAGAUGUGGAUAUGAGAGUCAAGCAACACUAUGAAGUACCAAUCGCUAUGAAAGCUGUGUUCAAUUUGAUUGACACCUUCACAACAAGAAUCAAGGAGAUGGAGAAACAGAAGAGAGAUGGCACUCCAUGCAAGAAAGAAGAUAAACCUAGAUCAUUGGAAAAUUUCUUAUCCAGAUUCCGUUGGAGGAGACGUUUAUUUAUUAUUUCUACCCCUACUGAUGAAGAAUGGGCCUAUCAACAUCAGCUUUAUGCCUUAAAUUCACAAGCUUGCAACCUGGGUUUACGUCAUUUGGCUGUUCUGAAGUUGAUGGGUGUGGGUAUUGAUGUUGGAGGCGUUUUGGAACUCUACCCAAUUAAUGGAAGUGCAACUGUUGACCGUGAAGAUCUCUCUCCGUCAUUGGUAGAAGACAUACGGAAUUAUUUCCAAGUGAGCCCAGAGUAUUUCUCUAUGCUACUGGUUGGGAAAGAUGGAAAUGUCAAGUCAUGGUACCCAACUCCGAUGUGGAACAUGGCUAUAGUUUAUGACCUUGUUGACUCCAUGCAGCUUCGACGACAGGAAAUGGCCAUUCAACAGUCUUUGGGUAUGCGUUGCCCAGAGGAUGAAUAUGGAUAUGGUUACCAUGGUUACCAAGAUGGAUAUCAUCAACAGGGUCACUAUGGUGGAUACCAUUACUAAAAGUAAUAUCUUCUGUCAUUUCGGUUUAAAUGCUGCAAACAACAGGGACUGAAUUUCAAAAGCAACCUAAAAACCACAUUGGAUACCAAAUGGAGCUAUAGCAAUUGAGAAAAAUGUUCACUUUUUUGUUAUAAUUGGAAAUGCUUAAAGACUUAUCACAGAGAGCUGUACUGACUUAAAGAACAACCUGUAGUUUUGGAAUCCAUAUUAUAGUCAAGAUUUUUGCGAGAAUGUUUGUGCAACUGAUGCUUACCAUGAAAAUUGAGCAUAUUCAUAAUUUAGAGGUGCUUGUUUGAUUUAUCAUAUUUAUUGUGUAUCAAAGGGAGAAAGACUUGCAUCAACUAUAGGGAACCAAAUAGAAUACCAUGUACACAUCAGAUUCCCAGAGAAUAUUAAGAGAAGAUUUCCUUCCUAAUCAACAGUAUGUAAAGAUAUAUCUACACUGAAACUAAAAAACCAAAGGAGUUUAACAAAAGUGAAUCUAGUUUUAGUACCAUCUAUUCUGAUGCUGCAAAAUGCUGCAGCAAAACAAGAAUGUUUACAAGGUAGAAGAUGCAAGUCAUUUCAAAAGUAAAUUUGAAAUUAGCUUUAUAAUAGUUACGGAAAAUAAAAGCAGUAACUGCGACUUGUUUUAAUCUCACCAAGGAGGAUCUGAACGUAAACUGUGUACCAUGCUGUCAGUUUGUAUGGUAAUGGUGAGUAAAGUUUGAAGGGCUGUAGUCAUGUUGUACCUCUGACCCUGCACUGCAUCUAACAAAUAAAUUCCUUUAUAAGGAAAUGGCUAAACAAAGCAUGGGUAGAUCAAUAUUUUGGGUACAGCCUCUUGUGUGGAUUAAAACUGCACUUGGGUUGGCAUAGAUUCAGCACAGAAGGAAGCCAUGUGUCUGAAAGGGAGGGUUCAUUCUGUUUUUUCAAUUUAUUGGGUGGACCGGAAACAAAUGUUCACUUUUAUUCUAAAAAUACACAUAUUGUUACAAUUAGAAGUUUAGUCCUAGCCAACUUUGAUUCCACAACUAAUGUCAUUAAACUUGAUUAUUUGGUCAGUAUCACUUUAAAAUAGUGUUUGGGGAAGCCUGCUGUGCACUUAUUGUUUGCUAUGUUUCCUUUUCCUCCAGUUACAAAAGUGACUGUCUUUCUAAAGUACCACAUUGGCUGCAAAGCGCUUUGCGAAAUUCUGAAAUUAUGAAAUGUGCUAUAUUAGUGCAAGUGUUUAUCUGUGUGCAUUGCUGCCAAGUUAUGGAGAUUAGUUAAACUGACAUUUCUCACUAACAUUCAGAAAGCUAUGACUCAAAUAUAGGGAAGAAAACGUGUUUGUAAAGCUUGGUGGCAUUGUUGCACAAUGUAUUAUGGUGCAUAACCAUUUUUAGUCACAGAAGUUGGUUUUUAAAACAGAUAUAAUUCAGAACUUUAUGUGGUAUUGAAUAAAUGUGUCAGGUAAAUUCCAGAGAAUAUUUAGUAGACAAGGGUGUCUACUGUACACCAUUCGAUGACCUUAGCAUUAGUUAGAUUUUAAAUGCAUAUGAUUUGUAGAAAACAAGCGCUGCUUUCAGUUUUAUCAGUUACAGUGUCCCACUAAUUGAACUCCUGGUCAAUUAGGAUGUUAGUUUUAGACACAAUUUAUGUUUUCCUUUCACUUCAUAUCAAUGUAUUAUUCUGAAUUGUAAAAAAAGGCUGGAUUUUUUUCUUUAGGAAAACAAUAAUAACACCAGCAAUUGUUUAACUGAAUGGUGCAGUUAUUUCAUUGGGGUGGUGCAGUAACACUGGUGUAAAGAAAAUUCCUGAUAUUUAAAUAUAUAUUUUUCUUCACAGUAAAAUAGUAAAUGCUACAAUUUAUGUAAUGGUUCCAUUUAGUACUUGACCAAGGAAAUGGGUUGUCAGUGUUUUAAAUAGACACAGUUACAGAAUCAUAGAGUCAUGCAGCAUGGAAACCCUUCAGUCCAACUAGUCCAUGCCAAUCAUAUUCCAAAACUAAACCAGUUCUGGUUGCCUGAAUUUGGGCCAUAUCCUUCCAAACCUUGCCUAUUCACGUACUUAUCCAAAUGCCUUUUAAAUGUUGUAACUCCACCACUUCUUCUGUCAGUUCAUUCCACACAUGGACUACUCUCUCUGUAAAAAAAGUUAUCCCUCAUGUACUUUUCAAAACUUUCUGCUAUUACCUUAAGAAUAUGCCUCCUAUUUUUGAACUCCCUGAUCCUAGGGAACGGACCCUUGCUAUUAACCUUGUCUAUACCCCUCAUGAUUUUAUAAACCUCUAUGAGGCCACCCCUCAACCUUCCAUGCUCCAGUAAAAAAAAUGCCAGCUUAUCUUUAUAUUGCAACUCGUCCAUUCCCAGCAACAUCCUGGUAAAUCUUUACUGAACCUUCUCCAAUUUAAUAAUAUUAUACGUACAGUCAGGUGAUCAGAACUGUACACAGUACUCUAAUGCCUCACCAACAUCCUAUACAACCUCAACAUGAUGCCCCAACUGCUACGUUCAAAGGUGUGAACAAUGAAGGCAAGCAUACUAAACAACUUAACCACCAUCUUCAUGUGACAAAUUUCAAAGAAUCAUAUACCAGCACCUCCAGGUGUCUCUGUUCUACAACAUUAUCUCACCCUACCAUUAUUAGUCCUGCCCUGUUUGUUUUGCAAUCCAUCACAUUUAUCCAAAUUAAACUCCACUGUUGACUAAACCAGCAAAUUUUGUGUUGUCCACAAACUUGCUAACCAAGUCUCCUAAACAUUCAUCCAAAUCAUUUAUAUAGAUGACAAAACAACGGUGGACCCAGUACUGGUCCCUAUAGAACACUGCCAGUCACCAGCCUCCUGUCUGAAAAACAACUUCCAACACUACCCUUUGUCUAUUACUGUCAAGCCAAUUAGCAAGCUUUCCCUGAAUUCCAUGUGACUUAACAUUACUAAUUUCGUCUACCAUGCAGAAUCUUGUCAAGGCUUCACUAAGGCCCAUGUAAACAAUGUCUACCGUUCUGCCCUUGUCAAUAUUUUUGGUUACCUCCUCAAAAAACUGAAUCAAGUUUGUGCGACACCAUUUUCCUCACACAAAACAAUGAUGAUUAUCCCCCCCAUAAUCAGUCCUUGCCUCUCCAAACACAUGUAAAUCCUAUCAGAAUCACCUCCAACAACGUUCCCACAACUGAUCUCAGGCUAACUGGUCCAUAUUUCCCUAGGCUUCUGCCUACAGCCUUUCUUAAAUAAAGGCAUAACAUUAGCCACUCUCCAGUACUCCAGCACCUCACCUGUAGUGAUAUAUUGUACAAAUAUCUCUUCUAGGCACCCUGCAAUUUCUUCCCUAACUUCCCACAACAUCCUGGGAAACAGUUGAUCAGGUCUGGGGAUUUGUCCAUGUUUAUGUUUUCUGAGACCUCCAGCACUACUACUUCUAUAAUGUAAAUGGUUUUCAAAACAUCAAGGUUUAUUUCCCCAAGUUCUCUUGCCUCCAUUUCUUUCUCCAUAGUAAACACUGAUGCAAAAUAUUCACUUGGUAUCUGCCCCAUCUCCUAAGGUUCAAUAGAUACACAACCUUAUUAAUCUUUAAGAGGCCCUAUUCUUUGCUUAGUUGCUGUUUUGCACUUUGUGUACUGAUAGAAUCUCUUUGGAUUAUUCCUUGCCUUAUCUGCCAAGGUUUCUCAUAUCCCUUUUUUGCCCUCAUGAUUUCCCUGUUCAGAAUGCUCUUACACCCUUUAUACUCUUCAAGCGAUUCAUUUGAUCCCAGUUAUCUAUUUCUAAAGUAUGACUUUUUUUUAUUCUUGACCAAAGCCUCAAUAUCUUUAUUCAUCCGUUUUACCCAACUCUCACCAGCCUUGCUCUUAACAGGAACAUAAUGACCCUGAACUCUCGUCGUCACACUUUUGAAAGCCUCCCACUUGUCAGAUAUCCCUUUGCUCCAAGCAGUCUACUCUAAUCAAUUUUUGAAAGUUCCUGUAUCAUACCUUUAGAAUUUGCCUUACUCCAAUAAAGAACUUUAAUUUUUCUGGAAACCUUAUCCUAUUUCAUAACUGUUUUAAAGCUAAUAGAAUUAUGAACACUAGACCCAAAGUUUACCUGUACUAACAUUUCAGUCACUUCCCCUGCCUUAUUUCUCAAGACAAGGUCAGGUUUUGCUCCUCUAGCAGGUACAUUUACAUAUUGAUAAAAAAUAUUAUUUUGAACCGGUGUAACGGUCGCGGUCAAUGUUUGGUAAAUUAAAAUUCCCUUGUAUUACAACUGUGCUAUUCUUACACCUAUCUGAUAUGCCUCUAUAUAUUUGCUCCUCAAUUUCCUUCUGACCGUUGGAGGGCCUAUAGAACAGUCCCGUCAAGGUGACCAUCCCUUUCUUAUUUCUAAUUUCUACCCAUAUACUUUCGUUGGACAAUCCCUGAGAAGUAUCUUCUCUAGUACAGCAGUAAUGAUUUCCUCGAUCAAAAAUGCCACUUCCUCUCCUUUGUUGCCUCCCUUUCUAUAGCGUCUAAAACCCGGAAGACUGAGCUGCCAGUCCUGCCCUUCCCUCAGCCAACUUUCUGUAAAAGCUAUGACAUCCCAGUCCCAUGUUCCUAUGCCCUGAGUUCAUCAACCUUACCUGAAAGACCCCUUGCAUUGAAGUAAAUUUAACUGUUCAGCGUUAGCACAUUCUCUGACUCACUUUUGUCUGUCUUUUCUAAUUACCUUGUUCUUUUUUGAUUCAGAAUCUCUUCAUCUGCCUUUUUACUGCUAUUUAGGAAAUUCCACACCCCUUCCUUACUAGUUUAAAGGCUCCCAAAAUAGAACUGGCAAAUCUCCCCAUCAGGAUGAAAACUAAAAGAACUGUGGAUGCUGUAAAUCAGGAACAAAAACUCAGCAGGUGUGGCUACAUCUGUGAAGAAAAAAAUCAGAGUUAACGUUUCGGGUCAAAUGACCCUUCGUCAGACCUGUUCACAGAUGCUGCUGGACCUGCUGAGCACUGCCCACCAGGAUGUUGGUCCCUUUCCGGUUCAGGUGAAACCCAUCCCUGUUGAACAGGUCAGAGAUAGUAACAACUGCCAGUGCUAGAGUCAGAGAUUACACAGUGUCAAGCUGGAGGAACACAGCAGGCCAGGCAGCAUCAGAGGAACAGGAGGGACCCUUCUUCAGAAAUGGGCUAUUCUACCGCAGAAGAGAUCCCAAUGAUCCAAAAAUCUGAUCCUUGCACAUUGCACCAUCUCUUCAGCCAAUGAUUUAUCUGCUCUAUCUUUUUAUUCCUGCUCUCACGUGAAUGUAGAACCAGGAAUAAAUAAGAGAUUAAUACCUGUGUGGCUUUGCUUUUUAAUUUUCAACCUAACAUCCUAUAUUCACUCUGCAAAGCCUUAACCCUUUCUGCAACAAUGCUGUUCUUACCAAUGUGUGCAACAACUUCUGGUUUCUUACUCUCCACCUUUGACAAUAUGCUUCAAACGUUUUGAGACAUCCUUAGCACUGGCAUGAGGUUGCAACAUACUAUCCCAGAUUGAUGCUCGCAUCGGCAGAAUCUCCUGACUCUGCACCUGACAGGAGAGUCCCCUCUAACAAUUAUUCUCUUAAAUCUUUUAAAACUCUGUUUAACAUAACAUUCAUUCUUAGUACCCAAGAUCUGACUGUCGCUUUCAUUUUCCUCUGAGAGACUAUCCCCUUUAACAGUACCCAAAACGGAAUAUCUGCAUGAGAGAGGAUUAGCCACAGGAGACUGCUGAACUUCUUACCACUUCCAACAGUAACACAUCUAUCUGACUGCUCCUGCUGUGUAAUCACAUCUCUAAAUCUACUAACAUUUACACUGUGUCUCCUAUUUGCCAUCAGUCAAAUUAAACAUAAAAAGAAGUUCUUAAUGAAUUUUGUGUAUCCUCUUUAAAUCCUCUAUCAAUCAGCUUUCAAAUCUACAGGUCUGAGAAAAGAAAGGCCGAGCCCUGAUCCCUGAUAUUAUUUAAACAAAUAUAACAAAUAAGUUGAAAAGGAAAAUCUUCAGCAUUCCAUCGGUACAAACAGAAAAAAAUCUCUCUCCAGAUCCGUUAACAUUCGACAAACACAUGGACUGGCCUCUCCCACAAACUCCAUGUGAGAAACAAUGGCUCCUUCUUCACAUUGUUUUCUUCGUGAAUAAUGUUUUGGAUAAUAGAAGUUCCAAAAAUAAUUUUAAAUGAAAAUUUUCUGCUUCUACCUUAUAAAUAUAAAAGGAAUGCCUGUAAUUCAGAAGCAGCUGUAAGAUCCACAUUAUUCUCAUUUUUUCAUCUGAACAUUCUGAUGAAAGGUCUUUGUCCAAUGGUUGAAAGUCUAUUGUUUUGUUUUUAUGGAAGUUGGAUAUUUCUACUAUUUAUUAGUUCAAUAUUUGCACUUUUCAUCUAUACUCCUCUUCGUAUUUGGGAUUGGCUCAACUUGGAAAAAUAAAUAUUACCCUCUCAUUAUUCCCUUCAGGAUAAGCUACUGUUCUUUAUUGUAAACAUUGCCCUAAUUCAACUAUAUAGUGCUUAAUCUACUUUGGACUUUAUAGCCUUUAAAUUCUAUAAGAUAAAAAAAAUGCACAAAGCAGAAGACAUCAAUCUGAGAAUAAACACACAUAUUGUUUUUUAAUGAUUUGGAUGUUGAAUUUCUCUUUUCUUAUCCGAAGAGCAUAACCUCUGUAGUCCACACUUCUUACAGAAUUGUUACAGACCAGAAGGUGCCCACUCAACCCAAUAUGUCUGCAUUGGCACGAAAAGCAUUUAGACUUAGAGCUAAAGCCGUGCUUUUCCCUGUAAUCCUGCAUAUUGUUUUUGUUUAAAUAAUCGUCUAUUACCAUCCUGAAUGCCUGAAUUGAACCAGUCUUCUCCACACUUCCAGACAGUAUGUUCCUGAUCCUAACUACUCGCAAUGUGUAUAAGUUCUUUCUUCACUUUGCUUUUACUUCUUUUGCAAAAACACUUUAAAAUGGUGCCUUCUGGUUCCCAGUCCUUUUAUGAGUUGAAAUAGUUUCCGCCUACCUCUCUGGCCAGGCCCUUCAUCCUUCUUAAAACUUCUAUCAAAUCUCCCCUCAACUGUCUGCUCUCAACAGAAAAUACCCUAAUUAACCCAAUCUAUCAUCAUUCCUGAAAUUUGUCUUGUAAACCUACCUGCAUCCUGUCUGGUGCAUUGACACCCUUAAGCAGAAUUAGAGCUCGAUGGUUCAACAGCUUGAAAGGACGGUCUAGGUUUGAUCAUGGGUCUGACUUGGCUAUUUUCAACACGGAUUGGCGAGGUUCCUGUUUUCUAUGCAACAGACCCUGCAGGAUGUUUAUAUGUAUUUCCCUGGUGAGGAGCUGGAUUGAGCUCUGCUGUAGCACCCCCUGAAGUCACAUGAUUUGUACAGCUCACUGCCAAGGGACAUUAUUGAAUAAAAUGCACUUGGGCAGUUGACACCUGUGGACUGUCUUGCAACAUGUUAGCACCCAAGGAAGAAAAUGGGAGGAGAGAAAAUGAGUGUAAAACAGGCUCAACCAAAGUGUAAAACCAAAAAUAACAAGCCUCAAUAUUGAAAUUACUUCUUUAAUUUAUUCAUUCUGUACUAAAAGCAAUGAAUUAUCCCAUCUCUGCAUUGCUGCAGAAGCAAUAUAAUCGUGUUAACUUAAAACACAAUAUUAUUGCGAUUUCUCUGUGUUGACCACAGAAGUUUGAAAAAAACAAAAACAGAAGCUGCUGGAAAAGCUCAGCAGGUCUGGCACCAUCUGUGAAGGAGAAAACAGAGUUAAUGUUUCCGGUCUAGUGACGCUUCCGCAGCAUCCACAGUUCUUUCAGUUUUUAUUAAGUUUGAUAAAAGAUUUGCAAGGAUUGCAGUGUUUCUCCAGGAUUUCACCACCCUUACAGUCUUACACCAGAAGUCAUAGCAGCUCCCUUUCUUUUGUCCCUGUCAUUUCUACUUUCAUAAAGGCUAUUAGUGGAUUGGUUUGCCUUUUGAUAUUUUCUAUUGUCUUUCAGAAACAUAUCCCAUAUCACACAUAUGUUAUGAGACUCCCUUUCAUUUGCAUCCUUUUAACAAUUAUCAUUUUCAGCGCAUACUAAAACUGGCAGACUAUCUGUGCUGAGGAAACUGGAAGGUGAUGUGCUAGUUGACAUUUUCUCAAACCUGUUAAAUAUCACUAUUGCCAGAAUUAUUGUUGCUGAAUCCCUGGGAUUUCAUGUUCCUUUAAGUACUGUUGAAGAUUUUUCAACUUGUUUCCUGAAGUCAAAUGUGUAAACCGUCUAUUAUAGAAACCUCCCUGUAGCGGUGUCAUCACCGGAUUAGGAAUCCAGAUGCCUGAGUAUAAGUUCAAAUUCUACCUGAACAUCUGGUGAAAUUUACAAUCGUUAAAAUCUGGGCUUGCAAGCUUUCCUCAUAAUGGUAAGCAUGGGAAGUGUCAUUAAUUGUUGUAGAAGUUCAUCUAAUGCCCUCUGGGGAAGGAUAUCUGCUAUCCUUACCUGGUCUGGCCCAGAUGUGAGUCCAAACCCACAUCUGGUUUACUUAUCAUUUCCCUUUGAAAUGGCUUGACAAGUGACCAGAAUCAAGGGAAAUUAAGGGUAGGCAACAAAUGCCGGUCUUGCAUAUGACAUUCACAUCCCAUGAAACAAUAAAUUAAACUGGUGAAAACCAAGAAGCUUUAUUAUGGCUGGCUGAUUCAUAAAGACAUCCUUAUACCUGGUGCCAGGUUGAACAUCUAUUUUGUUUUAUACACAUGAACAAUGACUGGGGUAAAACAGUCAUAAUGAAACAUAGUACCAACUGACCAAGGUUUCUGUGCCAAACUUUUCUGUACUUCACAUGAACGGUUAGCUCUGUUUACCUUAUUGUAAGAUACAUAUAUUUCAGUCAAGUCAAGCCAAUCUUUUGUGAGAUAACUCAACAGAGGCUGGUAUCCUUUGACUAAGUCACCCUUUAUUUACAUCUGGAGAUUCCUCAACACUGAUCCAGCUUCCACAAAGCCAGCUCUUAGGGUGAUCAUUCCUGUUUAUAUCUGUCAGCUAGGGGUCCCUUGUUGAACCGGAUUAACAACCCCAAUCAGGGAACUCAUAUUCUAUGAGGUCCACCUGGCUGACUUUGUUACAAUCAUAACAUUAUUAGAGCUUUACUGUACGAAGGAUACCAAAAACACAUUUCAGAAUUAUUCUUCUAAAACAUCAUGACAACAGAUGGCUACUUGAAAAUGAGCCCAUUGCAUUCAGUUCUUCUGUCAAUUUGUUCAAUUUUGGACCUUUUCAAGCAAACCAAAUUUGUGUUCAUUUUAAAUCAUACUUUCCUACAAUUUAUAAAGAAUCCAAUAAAUGGAAGAGAGCAUGAAGAAAGUUGUGUUGGUUUGAUUAAACCACAACUCAAUAUUAUAUCUGUUACAUAAGGUUCCUGGAUUUGAGGUGCACGUUAGAAUCCAGUCAAUUGGCCGUCUCUGUGGGGCAUUAUUAUAUUGCUCUGUGGAUAGUUUCAGUGUUCUCAUAUUCAAUUCAAUUUAAUUACAUCUUAUCAUUUAAGAUCUUUUCAAGUUAGUAUAAUUCUUUAAAUCACCCGGGAACUAAUCCAGUUCCUAAAAGAGUUGGAAUUGGGUUAAUGUGCAAUAGAAUCACACAAAUAACUUUGUCUGAAGAGGGAUGCAAAUUAAAACUUCUGUGUUUUAAGUCAGAUUUUGAAACUUAAGACAAACUUUCUGUCUAAAUUGAAUCCAGGUUGUUUCCCAAGGUGACAGCAAUGGCAGUGUAUUGUUGGAUAUGUGAUGAUUGUAAAUCAUAGUGAAAUUAUUUCUAAUAUUUAUACAUAUGUACGCACAGAAAUAAGUCAUGUGAACAGCCUGUGUGUGUAUCACCCUGUUCUAGACUUGUAAUGCAAAUUCCAAAGAGAGUGAGAGUGUUUAUUUACAAUGGUCUUACAUAUCUGACUUAAACAUGCCUGUCAACCAGAUUGUAGAUUCUGUUGAGUUACACCGUCUCGCUUACAUUCAUGUGUAUUUGAAAAUUCGUCACAUUACUGCAAACGUAUUCUACCUUAAUAGUCACACCAUAGUUGCUAUGUUUUACCAAAGUAGCCUUUUGUAAGCAAUGUUUUAUAUUUGUAAGAAUAAAACUCACAGGUUAUUUUCCAGAAGCCUAAACUGGAGGCCGCCAUUCAGUAA